GAUCAACAUACUCACGAUGGGAAAGGUAAUAUACACAAAGUUAUCUUAUAUGUAUAGUUGAUAAUGCAUAGUGAGAUAAGCUUUCGUGUAGCCUAAUGGAAAUUAGUUGAAGCAACCUAGGGGAAAUCAAUGAGUCUUAUUAAAGGGACCACCAUCUCAAAUUAUGAUAAUUAAAAUGGGUCAUUUUGAAAGGUAUUUUACAAAAUAUCUCAGCAAUAUAUCACACAUGUAGGUAUUUAUUAUUAAUUCAAAGCAGCUGCAUUAUGGAAUGCCAGCAGAUCAAAUAUGUCCUUUCAUGUUAUCAUGGGACAUUUAUGAUGAACAAUGUGCAGUUGGCCUUUGAAUGUUUAAGUAAAGCUUAUAGACCAGCCACUAAGGUAGGUUUUUCAAAUAAAACUACUAGACAUGAACAAAACUUAUUAACAAAUAUUAAUCUCACAGAUAAUUAAAUUAAAACAAGGAGAUUGGGAACAUACAAGGGCAAACAGUUUUUAUAUUGCUUUAGACUACCAGCUUGUGCUCGCACAAGUUCACUGUUGAUUUAAAGCAUUGUGUCCGUCUACAUGACAGUAAACUAGAACAAUUCCAAAUAUCACUAUAUUUCCAGAUCAUCUUUUUUGAGGACAGGAACUUUCAGGGUCGCUCCUAUGAGGGCAGCGCUGACUGUUCAGAGUUAAACUCAUUCUUCAGCCGCUGCAACUCCAUCCGAGUGGAGAAUGGAAACUGGAUGAUAUAUGAGCGCCCCAAUUACACUGGACACCAGUAUUUUGUGAAACAGGGAGAAUAUCCAGACUGCCAGCACUGGUCUGGACUGAGUGACUCAAUCAGGUCCUGCCGUCUGAUUCCACAGGUAAAACUACAAUUUUAAGUUUUGCUAUUACUUUAUACUAUGAUUAAUACAUCAGUCUCACAUGACUCAGAUUUAGCAUUAUUGCGCUUAAGACCACUUUACUGCAUGGUUAUCUUAUAUGCCUUAACCAGAGCCUUUGGAAAUCUUACCUGAUAUUUAUAUGUUUUGAGAAACAGGAAAAAAAAGUUACUUUUCAGGAAUUCAUUUUAAUAGUUCUUCCUUUGGUAGUAAGGGAUGUAAUUUAUAAACACCAUGAGAAGCAAUUUGACAAGUGUAGACCAAAACAGGGGAUACAGAAAAAAAUACAGACGACCUGAAGUUUUUUCCUGUUCAAUUCUUUUGUUUGUUUUUUUUAAUAAUUUGCUGGCAAACAUCUCCAAAAUGGGUAUGCAUAGUUUCAUUAUUGUAGUCUGUAUUUUAGAAGUCAAUGGUCAACAUACUCCAAUUCACUGAUUAGAGAAUAAACGAACAGAGCUAUUUAUUAAAGUGAGAAUUCAAAGUGAAUUUCAAAUUUAGGUCUAGAACUGAAAGCAAGCCUGACUUGGAGAAUUUUUCCAGUUUGGCUAUUUUAAACUUAAAAUUUGAAAUUCUCUUUGAAUUCUUACUUUAUUGUAUAACCCUGUAAAUGUAAAAAGCAUAGACAUCCUCGGGGAUGUGUGUUAACCCCACUUAAUUUAAACUGCAACUAGUUAGCAUUGUUAUCUCAAAUAGCUAGUUAUUUUUGGGUAAGUGAAAACCUUUGUAAACUGAAACUUGGCACCUGUCAUCAAGCCUUGCUUUGCAAGAAUUUUAAAAAUAAUAUAUCUAUUUCUCACACAAUAAAUGCUACUGCAAUUCAGGAAGCAGAUUCAAGUUGAUCAGACACUAGUCUAGUAUCAGCUAUAAGUAUGUGGACUCAAAAGAUUCACUGGACCUAGCCUAACACAUUCAGUUUUCAAGUAGAACCACGAAUGUUCCUAUGAAAGCUUUCCAGUGAAUAAUUCGACAAAACCAAUAUUUCCACCAUACUCACAAAGGACAAAACUUAUUUUCAAAUAGUUUUUUUUGAUAAAUGUUUCAAAAUAUUAUAUAAAUAACAAGAAACUUAAACAUGAUUAAAACAUAAAAGGGGGGAUAAUAACAUUAAAGCUAUUAAAAAAGGAAAAGAAAUAAAAAAGAAAAGAAAAGAUUGGGGGCAUUUUCUUAAAUAAACAUACAAUUAGUUUCUUGAAUAAAAAGUAGAACAUAAUAAAUGUAUACAUAUUAAUCUGUAAUAAGGUUCAUGGCUGUUAGUCUGUAUACAUAAAAAAAAAUCUAUAGUAUAUAUGGAACCUGAUUUGAGGAAGGAUAAAAUAUGAGCUCCAUUUGCUAAACAGUGAAUUGACGCUAUGUGGGGAAAUCUCGGAAUUGGAAAUUUUUACCAAGUCAUCUACCUUAUGCUAAAUUUGGCAGUUCAGUUUAGUAAACUACAAUUUAAUGUUAAUUAAAUAAACCCCACAUGGUUUUUGUUCAACCCUAUGUAUGCAAGAAGAUUGUUUACGCUCUGCUUAAACACUUCACUUGUUUUAUUCACGAAUAUAUUAUUUUGUUACUUAUCAUUAUUCCCUUUUUUUGCUUUUGUUUGAGUUUAUUUUUUUUUUUUUACAGACCUCAAGUAAUGUUUUAGUUUUUUUUAAACUAUUGGAUAAGCUAAGGUCAUUUGUAAUAAAGUUAAUGUAAAACAUGAGUAUUUCUCCUUUCUAUAAUAUAAAAAGUCCUCCUGAAAUAAUUCUGGUGCACAAUACUACAAUUGUAGCAAUACAAUGUUUCAGCUCCUUGCUCCAAACAUAUAAUUGCACCCUCACAUUACUUUUUUGAGAGCUGCAUAAGACCUGUUUUGGAUCUCACCAGUUGAAUGCUUAGCAGAUUCUUGCUAUUUGUAAGAUGUCAUAUGUUUACCGUACAGCACCGUGGUUCUUAUAGAAUCAGGAUCUACGAGAAGGAGGACUUCCGAGGUCAAAUGAUGGAGUUCACUGAAGAUUGUCCCCAUGUAAAUGAGGAAUUCAAUUAUCAUGACAUCCACUCUUGCAAUGUGCUUGAAGGAAACUGGAUCUUCUAUGAACAGCCCAACUACAGAGGACGUCAGUAUCUUCUGAAAACUGGAGAAUACAGGCGUUUCACUGACUGGGGUGCCAUGAAUGCCAGAGUUGGAUCCUUUAGACGCAUUGCUGAUUCAUACUAAAAAAGAAAAAAAGAUGAGAUUUUUCCACGUGCUUAAACUCAUUGCUAUUUACCUAAUAAAUUCAUUUUCCUUCAAGUUGAG